UGAUAACAUAAGUCUUUAUCUACGAACAUAGCUAUCGCCAUGCACCCAGUGGCCCGUCCCACACAGCUCGAGAAAGUCGGCGCUCUCCUCUCCCACACAGCCUGAACAACAAUGUUGGAGUGGAUUCACGAGACUCUGGGGUGUGGGGGCGUGGUUCUCCUUGUCCUCUCCCUUCUCCUCCUCCUAUUUUAUCACGGCCCAGGAGUACGGCCCCACAACUUUCCUCCAGGGUUGCCGAUGUUGCCUGUGGUGAGUUCCCUACUGACGAUGCGUGGUGGACCCACCAGAAAGAUCCUGCAAGAUCUCAAGAAGAAGUAUGGCAACCUAGCGAGUUUUGGCAUGUUUAACACCAGGGUGGUGCUGGUGAGCGGGGUAUCAGUGAUGAAGGAGAUCUUUACCAAUAAGGUCACUACAGGCAGACCUUCCCUGGCUAUUUUCAAGGCCAGGAACCUCAUGCUGAGUGAUGGACGCUCCACAAACCUAGGAAUUUUAGCAUUAAAUGGUUCAAUGUGGCAAGAACAGCGAAGGUUCCUCCUCCGGCACUUGCGGGACCUCGGAUUCGGUAAGACAAGUCUGGAGCCGAUCAUUCAGGACGAGGUGACAGAGUUGAUGAAAUACAUUGAACAGCAAAAAGAUCAACCUAUUUCCAUGAAGCGCCUAUUCAACCGGUCAGUGGUGAACUCGCUGUGGGGGUUGGUGAUGGGGAAGCGGUACCCAUAUGGUCACGAGAAACUCAAUGCUCUGCUCAACACCUUCCUGCAGCUUUCAGACAUCAAUGCCCUCGAUCCUAUGCAUUUCAUUCCCGGGAUACAUAUAGUGAUGCUUCACACUCCUUUCAUGAAGAAACUUAUGGAUUCUCUGCGCGACAUUGCUGAUUUCAUCAAGGAAGAAAUUCGUGAAUUUAUGGAUGCCGAAGAUCCCACUUCCAAAAACUGUUUAAUGUCUGAUUUUCUACUAGAAAUGGACAAGAAAAAAGGAGAACCAUCGACCUUCCACAUGGACCAGUUGACGGCAGUGGUAGCAGAGAUGUUCGUGGCAGGGAUGGAGACAACCUCCAGCACGCUGCAGACUGGUAUCUACUUCUUGGCCAAGAACCCGGAAGUACAGCAGCGCCUCCAGGAGGAACUUGACCAAGUUGUGGAGAAGGAAAGACUGCCUUCCUUCGCCGAUUUGGAAAAGCUGCCCUACACCCAAGCUACAAUACACGAAAUACAGCGAUUUUUCAACCUGGUUUUGUUUGCCCUGCCUCAUUCGGUGACUGAAGACUGUACGCUCGGUGGAUACAACAUCCCUAAAGGGACAAUUCUUCUGGCCAACGUGGACGAUGCCAUGGCAGACUGUGAACUGUGGAAGAACCCUAAGGAGUUUAAUCCUGAAAACUUCCUCGACGCCAAUGGAAACUUCGUAAAAAACGAGGCUUUCAUGCCCUUUGGAACAGGUAAGCGACAGUGUGCUGGGGAACCGUUGGCCCGUCAGGAGCUGUUCCUAUUCUUGACGUCUCUCCUUCACCGCUUCUCCUUCAGCAUUGUUGAGGAGUUUCAGUCUUCCUCUAACAAUCCCAUUUUCAACGCUGUUCCCAGUUACACCGCCACAGCCAAGCUCAGGACAGCUGUAUAGAUCAUUACUUUUCUCGAGUACACCCUCACCAAGCUUACAUUUUCCGUGUAGCUGUCACCUCCCCCUGGCAUACAUCACCACAGCGCAACAAACAACAAUUACCCAACAAAGACGUCUGAGAGCCAAUUUGGCCCUAUAUUAUUCCUCUACGAGACGCGUGGAUAGUAUAUUAUGGCCCCAAGAGCCUCGGAGAACGCUGUAAACUCGACCCUAUUCGUGUCAAUUGAUAUGCAUCUAGAAAACUGAUAAGUGUCUGGAUUACUAUUUGUAUACAUUAUACUUUGUCUACUUCAAUAUUCAUGUAGAUCAUUAUUAAAGUGUACGUCGUUA